CGGCCAGACCGGGGUGCUGUUGUUCCAGCAGAAAGACCAUCACUAUUUGGUUGCGGGUAAUAUUUUUUAUUUUCUAAAUUAAUGAAAGACUGAGAAACUUCUCGACUAGCUUGAAUCCCACGAGCGCUUUGAAAAGCGAACCUUGCGUUCUCUGAGAGAAGAAUGCAUCCACCUGGACAACUUACUGCUGAGGAUUUUUCUCAUGGAGCGCGUAACGGCUUUAUUCGGCGGGUUUACAAAGUAGCAGGUAAACUUGGAAAAUAGCUAGGCAGCUAACUAGCCAACCUCGACUGUCCCCAACAUCUGCCACAUUUCGGAUUUAGCAGCUUUUCGUUGAUUUCCGUUUGUAUUAAAUGUGAUGUGAAGAGUUGACAGAAAAGUUUUCUGGCAGCUCAAAGUGACAGAACUAGUUCCAGCCAGUGUGUGCUGGCGGCUCUCAACAUUAGACCUGUCGGAGCUGCUCCGUAACUUCAGCAGCCUGUAAGUUAACGAGGGGGACUUCUGUUAAAAACUGUGUCGCGCCUUCAAAACUCUUCACUUCGAACUAAAAUGCGACAGUGCGGAGACCCCGGGAUAUAAAUCCCGCUAGUUUAUCGAGGCGGCUUUGCUUUGGCUCGAACAGUUUGGCGUGCGGCCUGCUGGUCAGGCUUUCGCCGCGUUCGAUUAAGGGCUCAAGCCGCGGUAGAGCGCGCUCGGCCCGGCCGCCUCUAACAACCACACUCCGCUUCGCUGAAGAGCCAUGGAGAGGAUGGAGGUGGACCAGUGCGCAGGCGCAGCUGGUGGAGGCGGCGCGCUGCGGCGGUCAAACAGCGCCCCCAUGAUCACCAACGUCAGUGAUGGGAUGACUGUGUUCAGCUCUAACAGCUCGGCCCGGUAUCGGCGGAGCAGCGUGUCUGUAAAUCCAAGCUUCCCCUCCAGGACCCUUCCUCUUUCCCCAUUCUCCUUGUCUGGUGAGAGGCCAGACCACAGGCGGCAGAUGGAGAAUAUGGAACUUACACUCAGAGGGAGUUUACAGAGACUAAGUGCCUCAGGUGCAGUCCCUUUACCUCCUGCAAGUCAUUGGCAUGAUCAUCUGUCACCAGGAUUCCAUUCCCAAGACUCUGGUGUCACCCCUAAUUCUUCACCCAGUCCAACAAGAAGGUUCCGGGGGGGAUCAGUGAGUCCUGCUGUCAGAUGGCCUGUGGUUGCACCUUUGAAAAGAAAAGGUGGAGUGGAAUCUGAUGGCCCGCCUAAAAAACUCUUUGUUGCCGGAGUUACAGAAUCUGCCCACAUAACUAGCUGUACUGUCAGUGUUUCCCAGUCUGUGGACUCUUCCUCGGGAGCUGUGCCCAUCUGUUCAAGCCCUCAGAACAGCCCCCUUUCACUUUCCCCUCCACCACCCUUCACCUCCCAUCACCCCAGCAUCUAGACCAACCCACUCAGCAUCUUCAAGACCAUCUUUGCCUGUUUGGAUCUUGGACUGAGGACUGAAAUCAGUUGGGCUGGAGUAAGAAGAACAAUGUCUCUGUCCUCAUUGCUUAUCAAGCUUCCAGAGCUCUAUUGAGUUGUGUUAAGAUCAGCUGUCCAUGUAUGUGGUGCUUUAAGAGGAGUGUACUCCACAAUUUUUGAAGAAAAUGUAUCUUAGAGGACUUUGAAAUAAAGAAAGCCAGUUGUAGUAUAAUUGAAGAAGAGCAGAAGACGGAAGAUUUAAACGUCAGUGUCAGGAAUGGCACUGUAUCAUCCAGUAUCAUAUAACCUGUUAAUAGUUCAUUUGCAAGAAGGCAGUCUGUGGCUUUUACACAGUCUCCUUGCAUUUGUGAAAUAAGUUCAGGAUUUACACGUGGCAGUCACAUUCAUAUGAGUGUUUUAGUGAUUGCAAACUACUUAUCCUUGACACAUAAGGUUUCUUUUGCCUAUUAUGAGCAUGCAAAUAGACAACAAGACAUGUUUUGCCUCUUUUUGCUUUAUUUUUAAGCAUUGGCAGAACACAUUUUCUUAAAGUCUGCAACCAUUGAUGUGGUCCAAAGAGGUCUUCCGAAAUGUAAUUAUUAUUCAAAAUGUUAGACAGCUACCUAGAAAGACUCGGAAAUCAGUGGGCUGUUUAGGCCACAACACUGUUUAUGUGUAUGCUCAGUAUAUAUAGGUAAAUGUUGUUUUUAAUUAUGUUCUAAAAUGUCCUUUUUUAUGUUUUAUGAUAAAGUUUCAUUUUAAAAAAGACAACAUAAAAAGGACCCUUUAGUGGACUGGCACUGUAUGGAACGCCAGAACAUUAGCCUGUUCUAAAGCCUGGGUCAGCUCAUUCUUCAGCUGAUUUUAUAUGGGCACCAUAAUGGAGGAUGAAUAUAGCACUUUGCGCAAAUAUUCCACUUUAAGAAUAAACAUGUGACCAGAGAAUUUUGCACCAAAUGAAAGCCAAAAGCAUUUACCAGCAUUUGCCAUAUGUAUUUGAAUGCUACAUUUAUGUAGCGACACCCUUAGCUUGUAAACUGUGUAAAAACAAUGAAAGCUGCAUGCCGGAGGCUGUCUGUCUAAAGAAUGUAUGAUGAAACUCUCAGUCAUGCAUAAAAUGUCUCAUUUCAGACAUGGUUGAAUUUGUUGAACAUCAUUGUUUAUUUUGUUUGCACAGUGGUGGACAUUAUCAGUUAAUCACUAUUGCUGUUACAUGAGUGGGAUCAUAUAUACAUGUUUUUUUGUCUAGUUGGAUUCUUUGAGAGUGCGAGAUGUACAGUAUUGCUGAACGCAAACAUCAUUACGGACAAGCGCUUUAAUACUUACAGAGCAAUCUUUCAAUAGGAAUAAGAUUAUUGUGGCUCUGGUCAUGUACCGCAUACAGUGCUCUUCAUUCAUAUCAGAACGUGAGUCAAAAAGUUUGGUUGUGCGAUUCCAACAAGCUUGACAGGCUUAAGUAUGAUGUUAUGAUAUGUGUGCAGAGUCUGCUAAAAGUCCAUCAUCUAUGUCAGUUUGCAAAGAAACGAAGGAUCUUUUUUUCCAAAUAUAUUUUAAAAUGUAAUUGCCUUUAUUUUUACUUUCAUUUUUUGAGCUUUAUUGCUGGUACAAGUAAAUGCCUUGUUAAGUAAUUCCAAAGAUACUUGCACAUUAUCAAUUGCAGUCUCCAUUUGUAUGUUUUUUGUGAUUUAUCCAAGAUUAAUGCCAAUGGUUAUCGAUGUUGGGUCUUCAAAAGGAAUGUGCAAUAUAGAUUUAAAUACACCACAAAAUAGGACAGUUUACGUUUUCAAGGUCAUUUCCCAAAGAAACCCAUGGUCACAAUUUUGUUUUGUGAAAGUGUCCUCUAGUAAUUUUUGGGUUCAAGUUCAGGCAACAUCUGGAAAAAGUCAAAAUAUUGUUUGUUUGUUUUUUUUGUUUUAGGCUUGUACAUUUUUGUCUUUUUUGCUCUCACCUAAAUGAGAGAUUGUUCCCAAGAGACACAAGUAUUCUGUAAAAAGGAAGAAGGGAAGAGUUUUAAAAUGGUCUUUGAUUGUCUGCGAUAGCAGUUGGGAAGCCUUGGAGCAAGGAUGAUGUUUGUUAGCACAUAGAACUUUCUCUAAAAUGACAGAGCGUGGCUCUUGCCUCUCGUGUUCGAGAUGUAAAUAUGUUUCAGUUGCCACAAAGAAAAGAGGAAGAUAAUGUAUUUUUUAUGGAACUGUAAUAUAAAGCAAACAAGAUAAAGGUAUAUUCAUUCCCUUUGAAUAUCACAUACUGUACCAGGUAAAGGCUCAUUUCUAGUGGAUUAAGAAGUGCUGUUCACAUUUGAAUAUGUAUAUUACAUUGUAUAUAAAGAUGAUCAUGACAAUAAAAUAAUACUGUAUUUAA